AUGUUGUACAUUUUGCAGUGUCCCGCUACCGCAAUGUACAUACCAAAUUUUAUAACCUCUGAAGAAGAACAACGUAUACUUUCACAUGUCGAAAGAACACCCAAACCUAGGUGGACCCAAUUGCUUAACCGUCGCCUGAUUAAUUAUGGCGGUGUUCCCCAUCCCAAUGGAAUGCUGGCAGAGGAGAUUCCACAGUGGCUACAAAUGUAUGUAGACAAAAUUAACAACUUAGGAUUAUUUGAAACACAAAAGGCUAAUCACGUGCUUGUAAAUGAAUACCGUGCUGGUCAAGGAAUAAUGCCACACACUGAUGGUCCGUUAUUUCAUCCAUUGAUAAUGACGAUUUCCUGUGGUUCGCAUACUAUUCUUCAGUUUAGCAAACGUGAGACACACGACUCCUCUCCUGAAGGUACAGUCGAGGAGAACUCCAGUGGAAAGCGAGAGGUCCUUUUUAAGUUAAUACUGGAACCAAGAAGCCUUCUUAUACUGAAAGAUGAUUUGUACAGUGACUACUUACAUUCAAUUGACGAAGUUGAAAGUGAUGUGUUAUGCGAUCGCAUUUGCAACUAUGAAAACUGUGAGACUACCUAUAAAAUGGGUGAUUGUCUAACGAGAGGAACACGCAUAUCCUUGACCAUUCGCAAUGUACCCAAGACUACAAAAAUGAAAUUAAAAUUCUUCUAGAUUAC